CUUUCGCUCUAUUGAUUGACCAGAUUAACCUUGGCAACUGACGUAAACAGGAGUGGGUCAAAAAAGCCGUACAAGAAAAUGUGAAAACCAACUCAAAUGAGCUUGCCCAAUUUGAACCUUUUGAAUUUUGAGUUGCCUCCGUCUAAGCAUUGUAAAUAUGUGCUGACCAGCCCGAGGUCACUAAAAGCUUGCAGAAAGGCAGGAAUUAAGCCGGUAGAUCUGCUUUAUAAAAGUUUAAAAGAUGUUGAGAAAGAGCUUGAAAACAAGGAAGAAGUACAGGAAAAAUACAAUUUACACGAAAAAGAAAGACAAAGGAAGCUUGGUAUUUGUCGCAGAAUAAGGAAUGAACUUUUAAUAAAGGGGUACAAUUCAAAAAGGCCGAGUACAAAAGAUGGAUGCACAAGUGGAAAAAAUUCUCCAAAACUUCAAAAAGAACUUCCACAACUUCCAUGUACAGACUGUCUGAAGAAGUCACCAGAGUGUCAGGAAAAUUUUAAAAAUGCGCAAAAGGCUCUCUGUGUGGAAAUCAAUAAGCACAAAGUGAACAAUAUAGAAAAAUUUAAUAAUGAAAAAGAUUCUAUUAUCGAGGUCACACGCCCGACAGCAGAAAAGGUUUCAAAAAAACAAAAUGAAUAUUUGCCAAAAUUCAAAAAGCAAAAGUCCCAAACCAGAUCACAUACGGCUCAGGAUUUUCAUGAUUCAGAACUCAUUUCCUGUAAUGGUGAAAAUGAAGAAAAACAGAGUGAGAAAAGCUAUGAAAAUUUAGUGAAAAGUUCACUGGAAAAACUAAACUUGAAUAGUAACUUAAGCUCGAAGGAACAGAUGAAUUAUUCAGCAGAUUAUUUGCCAAACAUAACAAAAAAGAAUGAAAUAGUAUUCGAGGACAUUAACAACAACCAUGAUGUCAAACUUACCGACAAGCCUUCUUCCAGGCCAGGGUCUUCUAGGAAAAAAUCCAAAGAGAAGAAAAGGGCGAGAACGUCAGAACACAGAAAACACCUGGACAACAUCAAAUUGCAAUAUUCCGAUCCUGAAUAUUGUCUGUACAAGUACAAACAAGUGAUUGAAAAUAGCAUAGACCGAGAAAUAAAGGAACAAGAUGUCAAAAGGGUUCAGAGGCAGAUAGAAGAAGGUAUGGAGCGUUGGCAAGACAGAAUUCUUCUUCUGCAAUGGUUGGACUCGGAAAGAGCACAGGAGCAAGUCGCCAAAGGGAUUGAGGUCAAAGUUGAAAGGCUGCAGCAAAAACAGAGAAACAAAGAAAUCCUGCAUACAAUGAACAUCAACAAGGUUAAACAGGAAGAAGAUCUAAAAGCUGAAUUAUUGCGAAGAGAGAUAGAAAACAAAAAUAAAAAAAUACAAGUUCUCCACCAAGAAAAAGAAAGGGUCAUUUGUGAAUCAAAAAGCCGAGCACAUACAGUUUCCGAAAUAAAAGAACAAAUUAGGAAUAUAAUGACACCAGAAACGUUCGACAAGAAGAUUUCAAAAUACGGGUUCGCAAAAAAAGUCCUCACACCACCCGGGAUGUGCCCACGCAUAAUGCAACGCUCGCAUAUAAGGCUUGGUUAAAAGAUGAACCAGCUCCAAAGCUUCCAUUGCAAAAACAAAACUGAUGCACUAAUUUUUUUUUUAGAUGUUAGAGAGAAAAAAGUUCUGCUAGAGUGCAUUUGUUAAUAGAUUAUUUAUUACAUUUUAUAGUACUUAAAAAUAAGAAAUUUUAGGAAGAAAACAAACUGUAAUUAACUAGCUUUUGAUACCUAUGUUAUUAACAAAAUUUGAAAAUAUACGGAAACAAAUAAUGCAGGAUAUUUAUGACAAUAUAAAGUUCAUCGCUAGCAUAUAUAUCCUGCAUAUUUGUAUUUUAUUGCACCUAUCGAUUCAAAGUUCCUAUCCUCAGUCUUCAAUUGUACAAUUUAAAAAAAAAUAUAUAAAGAAUAAUCCACUUUGUCUGAAUCAUUCAUUGAUUUUGCAAAAACUUCUACUCACAAAAACAAAAACAAAAAAGAUAUGUGGUAAAACAUUUAAGCAGUACACUUAUGUACACUCUCGGCGCCAAAGUUGAAUUCCAAACCAACACAGUGCAGAGGAGAAAAAUACA